AUGGACGUUACAAGUGACGAGAGUGUAUCAAAAGCAAAAAAGUAUUUAGAGAGUCGAACAGCUAAAUUCGGUGGUUUGCAUGGUCUUGUGAACAAUGCUGGUAUAUUAGGCAGGGAGUUUUUUGACGAUUUUCUGACAGUCAACGACUACAAGGAAGUGGCUGAAGUGAAUGCAUGGGGCGUGAUACGAGUCACGCAAGCAAUGAAACCUCUAGUGAAGCAAGUGAGGUUAGAAGUUGUCGUACCAUUGAAAAUCAUACAGGUUUUGAACGGAAGAACUACAUGA